AUGGCUUCUGAAGGUGAAACUGAGCUGGAUGAACUGGAUAGUGAGACUGGAAGUGACACAGAAAGUGAGACUGUGAAGGCAGUUGUCAAACCUGCUGCCACAGCAAGCCAGAAGCGAGAGAAACACAAGAAGCUCAAAGAGGCCAAAGCUAAGGCCAGGCAGGCAAAUAUUGUCGCUACUGUGGUCAAAAAUGAUCAGAUUCGUUAUGGAUCUCACUCCACUUCUGCUCACGCCAAACGUGCAAAGAGAAAGGCUGAAGAGCACAAGGCCAAGAUUGAUGCUGGACCUAAGAUGCAGCCAAACAUCAAACAGCGUCAUCGCAACCAUGGUCGCUUCACCAUGAAGGGCUUUGGCAUCACCAAGGACAAGCCUGCUGUUGAUCAAGUUGUCAAGCUGAGUGCAGCUUCAGAGGAGAGCAUGAGGGCCAAGACAUGUAUGAAUGUGGACUGCAAAAAAGGUCAUGUCUUCAAGCCUGAAGAUAUUGUCAUCAUUCGAGCACUCAUUGGUACCAGGAUCAAGACUGAGACUGAGACUGAUCCUGAGGGGCAUGAGAUCAUUGCUCCAGUGCAUGCCAUGCAUCAGAAGUUUGUGCAUCUUCAGUGCAUGAGUCAAUCUUCUCUUGCUUUUUAUCAAAAGCAAAAGAAUGGCAUCACUGUGGUUGAUGUAACCAAACUUGAUGGCCUGAACAGGCUGCCUGGUAUCUCUAAAACUGAGAUUGUUCAGUGCAUCAUUAAGGCCUCAAAAGCUGAACAGGUGCAGAAAGAUAAGACUGAUCAAAAGAAGAAGCGCCAUGAGCAUCACCAGUUGAAGAUGAAGAUGAAGGAGGAGGCAAGUAGGACAGUUAAGACAGUGAAAGCCAAUGUCAAGGCUCACAAGGAUAGUGUCAAGGCUAUCAGGGCUGAGGCUGCAAAGAUUUGA